CACGUCAGCUCCGUCUGGCUUUCUUGAUGCAUUCCUGGAAAGACACCCUGGACUAUUCUUCUAACACGAUGGAGUCAGCCGUCCAGUAUGAGAAGUUUAUGAAUGAGUUCUUCCUGAAUGUGAAAGACAUCCUGCGUGCGCCUACUGACAUCACUGGUCAGUUUGAGAAGUGGGAGACGGCAGAGGUGGAGCUCAACAACAGUUUCUGUGACAGGAAGUCUGCCGUGCACGAGGCUCUGUGUGACAACGUGGACACCCGCACUGCCGUGGAGGAGAUGAGAACGCUAGUCAGCCAAAGCAACGGUUACAUUGCCAGCAAGAAGAGCGCCAAACUCAGGCCCAACCGCAUGCUGAUGGAAAGUGUCGCUGCGUACCUCACCAACAUGCUGAAG